AUGCUGGAAGCUUUCGAAAUUCUCACUACCUCUGGUGUGGUGCUGUGGUCUAAGUCGUACGCACCAGUGGGGACCCAUGUGAUUAAUGGUUUGAUCAACGACGUUUUUAUCGAGGAGAAAGUUGUACCACAGAGUAUGUCGGGGACUGGGGUGUCGCCGGUUUACAAAAAGGAGAAAUACACUCUCAAAUGGAAGAGAGUCAAGGAUUUGAAUUUGAUAUUUGUGGCUGUUUAUCAAUCUCUACUUCAUCUGGGCUGGAUCGACAAGCUUCUGGAAAACAUCUCGACCAUCUUCAUCGACAUAUACAAAGAUCAAUUGAACGGAAGCCGCGCGAGAAUCACCGCAUACAAGUUUGAUCCUUACUUCGAGCAACAAGUGCGGGAGCUUGAAGACAACACUGGCAGUGUCGGAGAGAUUCAUAUCGCAGACAUCAGCGAAAAGAAAGACCCGCUUGUGCUGUCGGACAAUGGAGGCCCACCGCCGCCGCCGGUCCCUGGCCUUAUGAAGCCGCAGCACCAAGCUGCGCUAGCCGGGGCAACCUCUGAUGAGGCCACGCCACCCGCAACUCCUGAUAUUUCUAGAUCUUCAACCCCAGUCACAAACCACCUCCUCACCGGAAAAACUGGGCCUGGUGGCCGCGGCUCACGUCGUGCGCGCAAGGCCGUAAAUGCGAGUACCAAUGCCUCGUCUGGAGAUGAUAGCCCUCGCAAAGGAAAAGCUUCCAAGACCCCCACGAAAAAGAUGCGCAAGUGGGAUGCUGACGGCUAUGCUGAUGAGGACAACGGGGAGGUACUAGAUUACUCUGCCCCAGCUGAUGAUACCAGCGCUGCCGCUCCUGUAGUAGAUGCCAUUUCUCAGGAAGAUUGGGGCCACAAGACUGGAAAGGGCCAAUUUGUCCUGAAGAACUUGGGCGAUGAGGUCCACAACAUUCUGGAUAAUGCGGACGCCGACAAGAGCAAGGACGCUGCUGCUUCUGGCGUUGUUGGUUCGGGCUUCAAUGCCAUCGGUGGCUUCCUCCGCAACAUUGUCGGCGGCAAGGUCCUUACGUCAGCCGAUCUUCAGAAGCCACUUAAGGCUAUGGAGGAUCAUCUUCUGAAGAAAAACGUGGCUCGCGAGGCUGCCGUCCGUCUCUGCGAAGGAGUAGAGCGUGAAUUGAUUGGAAAAAAGACGGCUAAUUUCCAGAGCGUUGAUGCUGCUCUCCAGAUUGCGAUGGAAUCCUCCUUGCGCAAGAUUCUCACUCCAACCUCAUCUUUGGAUCUCCUACGCGAGAUCAAUGCCGUUACAGCCCCGACCACUAAGCAGCAAGUUUCGCGGCCCUAUGUUAUGUCUAUUGUUGGUGUCAACGGAGUUGGCAAGUCAACCAACCUGAGCAAAAUCUGCUUCUUCCUUCUCCAGAACAACUACCGAGUUCUCAUCGCGGCCUGUGAUACAUUCCGUUCUGGUGCAGUAGAGCAACUUCGCGUCCACGCUCGCAAUCUGACCGAGCUCAGCUCCCGUGAGAGUGUGGGUGAGGUCGAGUUAUAUGAGAAGGGCUAUGGCAAGGACGCCGCCAAUGUCGCCAAAGAUGCAGUCGAAUAUGCUGCAGCCAAGAAAUUCGACGUGGUUCUAAUCGAUACUGCCGGCCGUCGCCACAAUGACCAGCGACUCAUGUCUUCGCUGGAGAAGUUCGCCAAGUUCGCUCAGCCGGAUAAGAUCUUCAUGGUUGGCGAGGCUCUGGUUGGCACAGACAGUGUCAUGCAGGCGCGCAACUUCAACCAGGCAUUUGGUUCGGGCAGAAAUUUAGACGGAUUUAUUAUCAGCAAGUGUGACACUGUGGGUGACAUGGUGGGCACAUUGGUCAGCAUGGUUCAUGCUACCGGUAUACCUAUUGUUUUCUUGGGUGUCGGUCAACACUAUGGUGACUUGCGUGGACUGAGUGUCCCAUGGGCUGUUAGCCUUUUGAUGAAGUGA